CGCAAAAUUCGCGGGAGAUACCGAAAUUUUCGUAAUUACGUUUAUGCAGCUCUAUAUUCACUGCGCAUAAAAGAUGUUGGCAAAAAUUCUCGUAUCACCCCCGAAGGGCAAAACCUUUGCUGAAAACCGCGAGAACAAAAUCGAGGGCUUGGUAGACCAAAUGCAUUGGCAAUUGCUGGUUCAUCACGCGUGCGAGAAAGUGACUUUUUAGGCGCUCCAAGUGGAAAGUCUCGUUCUCGGUCAUUGGAAUGAAAUAAUCUUUUAUAGAGUUGAGAAAAGUAAGUUUACAACAUCAGUCGAAUACUAAAGGUACAAUGCAGCGAGGAAAAUUCAGUUUCCGCACUCGUUACAAAAUAGACACUCUUGCCCAUGCAUUUGGUGAAUCGGCCCUUUCACGGAUCCUAAAAAAAAAGAAACAACAGUCAAGCCAGUUGUCGUGAUCACUCGUGACUUGAGUAUACGCGCGUAAGCUAAUUCGAAUUGUCCCGCCAAGUGAAUCGCUCCCCCGUCGUUUUGGCCCAAGCACGCCACCUCGCCGAUUCCCCGCUGAUCUCGGCGAACGAUAGGCCCGCCUUAUUGCCACCGAUGGGGAACGUUAGUAACGCGUGCCACUCUUAGUGUUUCACGAAAAAAAACCCGAUAAUCGGUGGUGAAAUAUCGCACUGAGAAUUCUCACUGUCUCGCACUCGGACCGUCGCAAAUUCAUUCCAAUAACAAAUGAAAAACAAGUGACAAUAGUUCGGCAAAUGACUGAUAAGUGGUGAAUGAGACUCAGCGAAUUGUCCAAAUAAUGAGGUGUACAUGUACUUGGGCUUUUAUGCGUGUUUGUGGUGUAGACACGCACGUGGCCAUGGCGUUUCGCACAAUCGAACGGGCGUCAGUGCAACAAGACUAAAGGGUUUUUUUUUCUCUCUCUCUCUCUCUCUCUCUCUCUCACUCUCUCCUCUCACUCUCCUUUCGGCAAAUUUUUUUUUCGGGUGCAUCGCGUGAUGCUCGCGAUCAACCCGACAUGGGCACGACCCGACUAUCGACUGCUUUGCCAACUGUCGGCUAAUCAUCCGACGGAUUAAUUUUUCAUCGUUAAUUAUUCUUUUAUUUUUUUCGCAACUUCCAUUCGGAUACCCUGUGACUGUGAGAUUGUGGGUCAACGGUCAGUCAAGAUCAGGAGCACUUUUGACCGGCACGUGAGGAUGGAACUGUUAACACCGGUUUUUGGAUUUCCGAUGUGUCCUGUGGUCGACGACAAUUGGAUUUGACAAUGCCAAAAAAAUAUACUGGCGCGCCGUACGUACUGUACAAGGACAAUAUGGAGAGACCCCAGGGCCAGUGGGCACCGGGGCCGGGUUCUCUCCAAGACGGUGGAUUGUACGGGCAACAACAGCCCCAGAAUCAGCAGCCACAGGCACCGCAGCCACAGCAGCAGGCGUCCUCCUCAUCAGGUAGUCCACAGCAGGCCUGUGGUCCUCCAGUUGAGGGAGGUGAAACGGGCCCACCACCAAUGGCAUCACCAGUUCCAUCGCCCUACCCAUCAGGCCCAACAGAUCAGCAAGCUCUGACACCCCCCGAGGACGACAUAAACACCGGUCAAACAACAGCCCAACAGCAAGCCGCAGCCCAACAACAGGCGGCCCAACAGCAGGCAGCUCAGCAGCAGGCAGCACAUCAACAAGUAGCAGCACAACAGCAGCAGCAACAACAACAGCAGCAACAACAACAACAACAGCAGCAGCAGCAACAACAAGCGAGUCAGCAGCAAAGUGGCCAACAGUCACAGCAACAAGCCAGUGGUCAGCAGGAUCACUCACCCCAGCAGCAGCUGACACCCCACGAAGUUGAGAGAGGUGACUGUUUUCCUGGUACUGGUGAUCUUCAGCAAUAUCCACAGCACUAUUUCAAGGAUGCAAGACCACACGCAUCCCCUUCAGUGCCACCGCACAUGCUGACACCUGGUGGUUUCUCAGCUCUUCAUUAUUUGAAACAACCCGGUGUUAUGUUGACAUCACUUGGCCAGGGUGAUGGGGGUGCUAGUCUCGAGGCACAUCAAUACGCAAGCCCCGGUGCUGCCAAUAUGGCAAAUGUACUACCCGAUAUUGUACAACAAAAUGGCAAAUCAUCUAAAGGUGCUAACAGUGAUCUAAGAUUAUUCAAGUGUUUGACAUGUGGUAAAGACUUUAAACAAAAAUCAACGUUACUACAACACGAGAGAAUUCAUACUGACAGCAGGCCUUAUGGUUGCCCAGAGUGUGGAAAGAGAUUCAGGCAACAGUCACAUCUUACACAACAUCUACGUAUACACGCUAAUGAGAAGCCCUUCGCUUGUGUUUACUGCGAACGUACCUUCCGGCAGCGCGCCAUCCUCAAUCAGCAUCUGCGCAUCCACUCGGGUGAGAAGCCAUACCAAUGUCCGGAGUGCGGAAAACACUUCCGUCAGAAGGCGAUCCUGAAUCAGCACGUCCGCACACACCAAGAUGUGAGUCCGCAUCUGAUCUUCAAGAAUGGCAUGACACCGACCCUAUGGCCUCAGGACGUGCCAUUUCCCCCUGAGGAUGGUAAGGAGGAGGUUGCCUCGACAUUCGGUGACAAUGAUACCCAGUCCGGUGCAUUCAGUCCCUCACCCGAUGGCAAUUCAAUUCAAUAUCCAGCUUAUUUCAAGGACCCCAAGGGGGGUAAUCACGCGGUUUUUGGUGCUGGUGGUCCAAGCAGUUUUGGUGCACUCCAGUACAUCAAACAACAGCAGGGUAGCGGUGGGGGUAGUGGUGGUAAUGGUGGUAAUGGUGGUAAAUCAUGUUUACCCGAUGUCAUACAGCAUGGCAGAUCAGCGGGUAUGCCAUUGUACGUUCGCUGUCCAAUAUGCCAAAAGGAAUUCAAACAGAAGAGUACACUGUUGCAGCACGGCUGCAUACACAUAGAGUCACGUCCUUAUCCAUGUCCAGAGUGUGGCAAAAGAUUUCGUCAACAAUCACACUUGACCCAACAUUUGCGCAUACAUACGAAUGAAAAACCAUACGGUUGUGUUUACUGUGGACGUAAUUUUAGACAGAGGACCAUACUUAAUCAACAUUUGCGUAUACAUACCGGUGAAAAGCCUUACAAGUGUCAACAGUGUGGUAAAGAUUUUAGGCAAAAAGCAAUACUCGAUCAGCAUACGCGUACACAUCAGGGUGAUAGACCAUUUUGCUGUCCAAUGCCCAAUUGCCGUAGGCGCUUUGCCACUGAGCCAGAAGUUAAAAAACAUAUUGAUAAUCAUAUGAAUCCACAUGCCAGCAAAGUCAGGAGAAAUUCAAGUAGCGAUGUCAAGACAACAGCAUCAACUGCUAUUGGGCCUGUACCUGUGCCAAGGGGUCUUACACCCACUGUUGUUAAACCUGAACUUUAUUUUCCCCAGUGUUAUGCACCGGCAUUCAAUCAUCAACCACCAGUAUCAUCGUCACAAUUUCCCGGUCAGACAAAUGGUGUUACGGUUACGGGGGAAUUUAAAACACCAUCGGCAUUACCACCCCAGUGACUAACCGUCCAUCCUGCCGCCUAUUAGCAAGCAGGAAUACCGCUCAAGUUUCAGCGUUGCUUUGGUAAUAAUGCCAUCGGUACUGGGGGAAAUUCUGCCCACAUGUGCCAGCCACUCCAGCAACAUUACCCGUGACAUGGACUUUUUUUUUCUGCAUUUAUACGGCAUUUUGGUUAUCGUUGGGGGGUGGGGAGGGAGGGGAGGUACAUUAUUUUGGAAGUUCGUAUCAUUGUUGGUGGUCAUUUUUACGCUGUUUCGCGAUAUUUCGCCGGCGACGCGGAUCGACUGGGAAGGUUUUACUUGACUGAUACACGGAGGGAAGUAUUCCGCAACAAUUGCGAAGCUCAUGGUCAUUUACGGAUUGCAAAAGUGGGUGGGUAAAUGGAAGGGUUGACAUCGGAGUUUUUCAGUGGAAAUUCAGGUCAAAAUUUUAAUAUUGAUCUCUGGGGAUUUUCCGGGUGAUAUAAGUUUUCAAUUGUUGGGAAAUACUUGAAAUUCACGGCAACUUGCGAGACGUUUUUCGUCGCUGACGGAUUAACGUUUUUGAAUUCUCGAUUUAUGGGAAAUGCUUAUGAAUUUUCAAGAUAAAUGGACGGAGAGAAAUUUUUUCGACAUCGGAAAUUUUAUUGGGGAGAAUGGAAUUUUUUUCCAUAUCUGUAGAAAUUUUAUUUUAACCUGACUUGAAUUUUUUAUAUCCGGUGAAUUGGGACUUUUUUCAGCCCUCGUACUAGAAUUAUUCGAAAAAAUUCCUCUUCGUUCGAUAAAGUUGAGAACAUUUUCCCUUUAUGGUGGAAAAUAUUCAAUAAAAAAUACGUAAUUUAAGUUGUUCCUUAAUCCCAACGUAAAUGGAAAAAUUUACGUGAUUUUUAGAGUCAAUACAGAUAAAAAUUAGGAAAAGCCUGAAAGAAAAAUUUUGAAAAAUUACCCGUGGGGCAUCGUAAUUUUGCUCAAAUGAUACAUUAACUCCUAUUGAAUAUUUAUUUCUCUCCGAUAUUUCACUCCGCAAUUACGUAUGGGACGUAGUUUUUAUUGAAUAUUUAUCUUCGUGAAAGAAGAUUGAGAAUUCAGGCGAUUCUUGGGCCGAAAUUUCAAGAAAUUUCUGAUCGUUUUCACUACCGAUUUGAGUAUCAGUCAAUGUUACAACCAUUCGCGCUUCCCUAAUAUUCUUUUUCGUAAGGGAGAGCUGUUGCCUCGUCGAAGGGGGCGAUUAAUUUCGAAAUGGUUUUACCUGUAUACUAAUUUUUUCAAAACGCGUUUCUUUCUCUAUAUAAAGAUAUAUUAUAUAUAAUAACGGGUUGAAAAUGUUCGAUUUCGACCAGACUGAAACGAUUGUGAUACAAUAUUUAACUUGCCUAUGUUUAAAAGAGCAAAAAAUUCGAGAAACUAAAAAAUAAUUGGAGAAAAAAAAAAGAAAAUUUUAAAAUUGAGUCAAGUUGAGUAUGUGAAGAAAUCAUGUGCAAGAGGAUGAUGAAGAUGCCGAUGAGGACGUCUGUAAAUAAUGUAAAACGCGAAUAUAAAAUUAAAUCACUGAGAGUCAGAAGAGAGAGAACAAUACAAAGGAUAAAUAACAAAAACGUUGCGGGAUAUGUGGAUGCGAGAGUGGUAGAAAGAAAAAAAAGUUGGAAAAAGCAAAAAAAUGGCCGCGAGUGUGUGCGAAUGAGGGGGGGGGGGGGCGAUAGGCAAACGAAAAAAGGGGGAAAUGUCGAAAAAAAAAACAAAAAAAAAUGAAGUAACGAGACGGACGGACACCCACUGUGCUACGAAGAUUAAAAUGAAAGAAAAAAAAUAGUACGAAACGUCACAGCAUAUUUGACGAUGAUACGAUGUACGAAGAAAGGUAUGAUUCUUGUAUACUAUUAAUAAUAUUUGAAUGUAUAUUUAUACAACAGGUAAUUCCAAUCUAUACGAUAUUUUGAUUGGUUUGUUUUUUUUAAUGAAUCAGAUUGGUGCUGAUAAACAAGUAGGUAAGGGAUAAAAGAUUAGAUGAAACAAUACGAUUAAAACAUGAAAUGAGGAGGGAACGUGGAAGAAGGCUGAGAACAAUGUAGUGUAGUAGGGGCUGUAAGUUUAAUAGUUUAUAGUUGAUGGCGUGGCUCAAAUCGAGGACCCUUGCUGAUUCGCUCAUCAGAUUUAUAUAUUAUCAUUCGUACAUUUCGUGGCAAUACUUAAAAAAAAAAUCAUUGGAGCUCGAGGAUUACGUCUGCUGGAUAAUGAAAGAAAUUUAAGAGAUACAUAAAAACAAAAAUUUUACGUACUAGAUAUAGUCUUUUAAAUUUCUAUAUUAAGCCGUGUGAUCUCUCUAAUUAUUGUGUAAAUUACAUUAUUGAUCUAUCUAGUAGAUGAUGUAAGUACGUUGAAAAAAAAAAUUAAUGAUGUAUUAGGGUCAUUCUAUAUAGUCUUAUUAUUUAGGGAUGAUGUGGGAGGAGGAGGGAGGGGGGGGUGGGAGAUAUUGUGCGGCCAUAUUCGUUGUGGCCUGUUCGUAGUGCCUCGGAAUUGCUGCUCGCGGCAGUGAUUUGAUCAUAUUUUAGGAAUGGUAUAUUAUAAUGAAAAUGAAAAAAAAAACUGCAAUUAUUAGUAUCGGUAUCUGUCGUAAGAUAAUUGAUAACAAAAAGUACUAGGAAAUGUGAAAAACGUGUCUGCGCACGCUAAACAAAAUUUAAUAUUUCAUUCAUUAAAUUAUUAUUAUCGUUCUAUUAUACAAAUAUAUAUCAUUAUUAUUAUCGUCAUAUUAUAUAUGCCAAGGGCCAAAAAAACAGAGUGCGUCAAAGUGCUUUGACGAUGUGAUCGUGGCAAUUGGUGAAGAUUUACUAAAUUUGUUUAAUUCGAGUUUUUUUUUCUAAAAAUAUUAAUAAACGUAUUUUUUUUUGUUUUGCA